UUACCAGAUGUUCUCUGCAUAACUUACACAGUUCCGUGAGAGACUUCAGGAUGUUGCCCAGCCCCACAUGGAUAACCAGUACCUCAACAGGUGGCUGAAAGCAAGAAGGUAUAAGAUCGACAAGGCUGAGCAGAUGUACAGAGCACAUCUUACCUUUAGGAAGAGUAUGGAUGUUGACAACCUUAAGAAGAACUUCAAGGAGCCAGAGGUUAUAGAGAAGUUUUUCCCAGCGGGAGGUUUCUGUGGUGAGGACAGGGAGGGCAGCCUGGUGUUUUACCAGGUGUUCGGGCGGCUGGACGUCCAGGGGAUGAUGAGAUCUGUCAAGAUCCUGGACGUCAUCAAGUUCCAGAUCUGUAUGCUGGAGAUGGUGGAGGACAUGUUAACUGCACAUUCAGCAAAGACUGGCAAACAGACAUUUGGGAUGACUGUGGUGUACGACUUGUACAACUUUGGCAUGCAGCAUCUUUGUAAGCCAGUUGCGGAGGCAUUUGUUCAGUUUCUGAAGAUGUUUGAGGCCAACUAUCCAGAAAUCCUGAAAAAGGUCAUUGUGGUACAAGCACCUUCUGUCUUCCCCAUCGCCUACUCUGUUGUGAAACCCUUUCUGAGUGAAGACACCAGAAACAAGGUGUUUGUCUGUGGCAGUAAUUGGAAAGAGGUCCUGGCUGAACACAUUGCACCUGACCAGAUCCCUGUACACUAUGGAGGCACCAUGACUGACCCUGAUGGGGACGUCAUGUGCAAGUCAAAGAUCAGAUAUGGAGGUGUGGUUCCCGAGUCACAUUACUCACCGGGAAUUCCUGCAGAGAUCCUGGAACAGAUGAAGUCAGCAGACGUGGAGCCUGGGACAUCACUGGGGCUGGAGGUGGACGUGAGGACCCCUGGUGCCAUCCUCAGGUGGUUGUUUAAGACAGAAGAUUGUGACAUCGGGUUUGGAGUGUACAGGCAGCAGGGCAAUGGUACCAGAUACCAGGACAUGGAGGAAGUCGUGCCAUGCUCCAAACACAACAGUCAUCUCAUACUGACCGACGGGGAACUGUUGUGUGCAGAGGCUGGCAAAUAUGUUGUUCGAUUCGACAAUUCCUACAGCUGGGUUCGGAGUAAGACCCUUCGCUACAGUGUGGAGGUGCUGGAACCUGGUGAUGAAUCUCUCACAGGGGUCAGGGGUGAUGUGUCACAGUUCAGGGAUGGGCAAGAUUCCAGCCAAGACUAAGGGUAACAAAGGUCAAACCUGGCCGGUAAUGUGGAAAUCUUCCAGCUUUGUAGAAAAAUGUAUGAAAAAGUCCCAUGUAGGAAACAAAGUUGAAAUAGCUAAUGUGACAAUGUUAUCUACAAAAUUGUGCCUCAAAAGAAGUCAUUUUAGCAGUGACCAAGUAAGAUUUCCAAUGCUUCACAGGGAUAAACCUGUGGUUAUCCCUGUGAAAAGUCUUUAAAUUCAGGGAACGGAAGUGUGGUUAUCAUUUUAAUACAUGUAACAUUAAGUGACUUGCUCUAAGCUUGCCUGUUUGCCUUGAUCUAAGCCCUCAAGAAGGAGCAACAGACUAAUAUAGAGGUGUUGCAAAUAUUGACUUAAAUCAACUAAUGUAUAUGUUCCAACUACAUACUCCUAAAUGUUGUUUAUAAUCUCAUUAUGAUGGGACAAGAGACCAGGUUUUUAUUAUGUUGCAAGUUGCAAAUUUUGACAUUUAGGUCCAAAGCCCUAGCUGGUGAAUAAGUUGUGGGAACAUUGCUCAGGCAAAAAAAGACAGGAAUACAAAAGUACAUAUUUGUAAUAAAUCUAUUAUAUUUGAUUUUCAUUGUAAAAAGCAUUCUGAAAUUGCAAAAUGUACAAACAUAUUACAUUAGAUUUGUCAUCAAACAUAAAACUACAUCUCAAAAUAUAUCAAAAAUGGCAAAUAACAUAUCAGAAAUAAAAUAUCUGCAUGAUAUGACAUUACAAUGUUAGUGACAUUUGUAUUUUGGUCUAAACUAAAUGGCAAAUUUCAAUAAUAAAAUGGACCUUUGUUAUAAGGUCUUGAGUAAUAAACUGCAUACAGAAGUUAAGUGAUUACAAUGUCUCAUCACACUUUUUUGUUUAGUACUGGUAAAAAUCAUUAAUGCAACAGUUCUUGACAGAUAUACCUAAAAUUAGGCAUACUAUAAUCAAGGAGGUUUAAAAUCUAUAAUCAUACAGUUCUUACAGAAAAAAUAGAAAUACUGCUAAGUAGUCAAUACUACAAUUUUCACAUCAAUUUAAACAAAUAGUACUCAAAUUUUUUUCAUCUCAAUUUCGGAUUUUCACACACUUGAUCACUCAUCAUCAAACAUUACAUCAUUAUCAGAUCUUAGA